GUCUAGACUAGCGAGAGCGUGUACGUCCGGGCACGUUAUUGUUGCAUCAGAAAUUGCAGACUGUUGACAUGUCAAGCUCGGGAGAGUUAGCCUUUGAUUAUGGCUUCUUGCUGCACACAAGUGAGGAGGCCACAGCCACCGUGGCUCUGAAUGAGUACCUGAGCUCCCGCAGCUACCUGGCUGGGUUCAGCCCCUCUCGGGUGGACCAGGAGGUCUUUGAGCUCCUGCAGAGGCCUCCGGCCCCGCAGCACGUGCACGCUCUGCGCUGGUACAGGCACAUAGCAGCCCUGCAGCGGGACAUCCCCAGCCCAGAUAGCAGCAGUGAGUAGAGUCCAGGGCCCAUGGACAGGAUAGGGAUGCUCCCCUUAGACUAG